AUGAAGAUCAAGGCUAUUUCACGGAGCGUGGAGGCCUACCAGCCUCCUGGCGCAAAUGCGCAGAAGCUGCCUAGAAACCUCGAUCCCGCCCAGCAUCCCAUGGAACGCGCCCGAGAAUACACCAAAGCUCUCAAUGCAGUCAAGCUGGAGCGCAUGCACGCCGCGCCCUUCAUUGGCCAAAUGGGCAGCGGCCAUGUUGAUGGUGUCUACUCGAUGGCGAAGGACCCGAAUUCCCUGAAGAACUUCGCAUCCGCAAGCGGCGACGGCGCGAUCAAGACAUUCGACCUCACGAGCCGAGAGGAGAUUUGGCAGGUGAAGAGUGCUCACACGAACAUCGUGCGCAGCCUCUGCUGGACGAAGGACCAGAAGCUGCUCAGUGCCGCCGCCGACAAGACGAUCAAGCUUUGGGACCCGUACAACACGCCGAGCGAAUCCGCACCGAUUUCUUCCUGGCUGGGUAGCAGUGGUUUCCAGAGUCUGUCCCACCACAGGACGCGGAACGCCUUCGCGGCGUCGUCUUCUUCGAGCGAGAUCGCCAUCUACGACUUGGAGCGACACAGCGCCGCGCCCGAGGUGCUGCGUUGGCCCAACGCCACCGAUACUAUUACGUCUGUCGCAUUCAACCAGGUCGAGCAGUCCAUUCUUGGAAGCACGGGUGCCGACAGAAGCAUUAUCCUUUGGGACGUCCGGACGGCCAUGCCCCUAACCAAGACGACUAUGACCUUCGCCUGCAAUGCUCUGUCGUGGAACCCGAUGGAGGCCUUCAACUUUGUGGUUGGCAGUGAAGACCACAACUGCUACAUGUUUGAUAUGCGCAAGUUCGAUAGAGCACUGAACGUCUACAAGGGCCACGUUGCUGCCGUCAUGAGUGUUGAAUUCAGCCCGACGGGUGAGGAGUUGGUGUCCGGCUCUUACGACAGGACGGUUCGCAUCUGGGAGCGUGACCAAGGCCACUCGCGCGACAUGUACCACACGAAGCGCAUGCAGAGGGUUUUCAGCACCAUGUUCACGCCCGAUUCCAAGUACAUCCUCACCGGCUCCGACGACGGAAACGUGCGAAUCUGGAGAUCCAACGCCAACGACAGAUCGGGAAUCAGAUCCGCGAAGCAGAGACAGGCCCUCGAGUACAACGACGCCCUCGUCGCGCGCUACAGCCAUAUGCCCGAGGUCAGGCGUAUCAAGAGACACCGCCACUUGCCGAAGGUCAUCAAGAAGGCUGGCGAGAUCAAGGCCAGCGAGAUCAGCUCGAUCAAGAGACGCGAAGAGAACGAGCGGAGGCACACCAAGAAGCAGUUCGAGAGGCGCAAGAGCGAAAGAGAAAAGGCCGUUCUGGCGCGGGAGAAGUAA